CUCCAGGUGAAUUAAUAACUCAGUGAACUUCAUGUGCAGUCGUGAGUGGCUUUUCAUUCCAAAACAGCAUCUGGAAAAUGCGUGUGCGAGAAUAAACGGCAGAGUCACCCAGUCCCUGUGUUGUUACUCUGAAUGUCACAGAUAUAACAGGCAACUGGAAUGUAACAGCCUAAACAUCUUCCCCUGUAAACCUGGCAGAGUGAAGGGAAAUGGAAAAGCGAGCAGCAGAACAGGCUGUGGCGAGCCAGGGGUUAAGGGUUAGCCGGCGGAAAGUCCCUAUCUCACACCCAUCUCAAUCAUCCACAGCUCGGUAUCAGUGUGAAGGCUGCCACAAGUUAAACACUGGCGCUCCCUGUGUACUGAUCUUCUGACAUGGAGAAGAAUGGGAUCCUCCCGAACACACUGGCAGACAGCAAUUUAAUCAAAGCGGUCAAACUGCGAGGUCUAAUUAAUGAAGAUAUUGUUAAACCAACCAGUGCCAACCCCUUUAUCCAUCAUCUGAACAAGUUGCACACGCACACGAUGCAGUUAUGCAGCACCAGGGGGUACGCGUCCAAAUUCAGGAGGAUCCUGGAACAGGAGUUGCUGGAUGUGACAGCGUGGAAAACUUUCCAAGAAGCCAAAACGCUGAACUGGUGCAAAGAGGUCAGAAAGCAAUUUCCACUCAAGGUUUCUGGAGAAGGGAACAGUCUCCUGCAUUCCAUCUCUCUCUACAUGUGGGCUGUUCAAGACACAGACCACGUUCUGCAGAAAACUCUCCAUGAGGCAUUGGUCAAAACCCAUGAUGCAAACUUCAAAUUGAGAUUACGGACAGAAUACAGAAAAGCCCAGGAAUUUCUUGACCCAGCUCUGUUUCAUGAAUCUGAGAUUUGGGAUCAAGAAUGGCAGAAUGUGAUUAAAUCUGUGGAUCCUAGAUCUUCUGCAGGCCAGACUUUAACAAAGAUCUAUCAGGACGUUCACAUAUUUGUUUUGGCUAACAUUGUCAGGCGGCCUAUUGUGGUCAUUGUCGGAAACUCAGAAGGAAGUUCCAAAAGUGCUUCAUUUACGAUGACAUCGAGCCCAGCUGGGAUUUACCUGCCUUUGCACUGGCCUCCCCAUCACUGCCACAAUUAUCCCAUUUUGCUCAGCUAUGUGAAUCAAUAUUUUACACCACUCGUCAGUAUAAAUGAUGUAGGGCCGGAAAUCAAUGCUUUUCCACUGGUUGUACCGAGUAAGGAUGGGACUGUAGAGUUACCAACUCGCUUUCUCCUCGAUGCUGAGAAAGGUGACAGAACACAAUUGCUGAAGAGUUAUCUGACUGAGAUCCCUGUACCAGACUGUCACAGUGUGGAAUUUGUCAACGCAGCCAGGUUGUUUAUAAAUCCUUUGCCUGAUGAUCUUAACUUGGUUGAAGAUUAUUUCCAGCUGGUUAACCAUCAGUACAAAUUCUGGCAGGAAGACAUCGACAAGGAACAAAGUGUUGGGAAUGAGGAGGAGCUCACUUUUCUCUCAAAUCUAUCUAUUGUGGGAGACAAAUGUUUGACUCACGGUUGCACAUACUUUUGUUCAAAAUUUACAAAACCGUUCUGUCAUGUGUGUCACAAUGCUUUCCAAAAGAAAGAAAUGUCUUCAGGGGCCAACAACUGGAAGCAAAGUGGCAACCAAGGAGCUAAGGAAUAUUUGAAGGAGUUACAGUCAGAAAGAACAACGAUCUUUGGACCGCAAGACAUCAGGAAGGAGUCAACUCCUCCAGCAUCACCAUCACAUAUCCCUUUCUUCAGUGAGACCAAUGCCCUGAAGUGCAAAACAUCUCACUGUCCAUUCACUGGAACUGUGGCACAGAACGGGCUUUGUCCAAGUUGCUUCCACAGAAAUGAUCACCUGGAAUACUCUCCAGAGGGAGACAGUAAUUCGGAACCCUGCUUUCCAAAGUUGGCAGGUGAAUUAGUGGACGAAAGGAUGGAUUUGUGGGGAGAAAGGUGCAGCAAUUGUAAGCAAGAAAUAAGAAAGUUCAAUGGUUUAUGUUUCUCUUGCUUAAAGACAAUGGAUUCUCUUGCAAAGUCCCAUGCCAGAACAGAGCACAUUCCUUCAGAUGCACUGCAAGUUGCAUUGGCCUACACUGGCACUCAUGGAGCAGUACUCCACCAGGAUCAAAGGCAGAAGUUCAGUCAGACCAGUGAAUCUGGAAAAUGCAGAAAUCCAAACUGUCAGUACUUUGGGACUGAAGAACAGAAUGGAUUUUGUACCACAUGUUUCUUUAAAUAUGUGGAAGAGAUUGGAGCAUCCGGAGAGCAAGAUCCAUUCAGACAGCAGAGUAAUCCCCCUCCACCUCAUGGGCACCUUGUUCAGAUUUCAUCCCAGCUUAAAAACAUGUCUGUUUGUUGCAAACCUGACUGUAGCAUGCUCGCCAAUCCAGUGUACAGUGGAUAUUGUGAAAAAUGCUAUGUUAAUACACAGAAUAAGCACUUAAAGAGACUUGAGGCCAGCAGCGACAUUCCUACAGAUCAGCACGCUUGGAGUCCAGUGGUGCAGAGAUGUUACAAUUAUAACCCAUCAAACAAUCAGAGGUUGUCUGAAAGAACCACGAAUGAACAUUUUGGGUUGGAGUUAGUGAGAAGCAGAACCAACAUCAGCGAACCAUCACAGAUUUGCACUUUAUCAUCAUCAGAUCAACAAAAUCCAGAACCAAAGAGAAAUCUUUGCAGAACUCACAACUGUAAGCACUUUGGAAAUGCAAAAUGUGAUGGAUACUGUAACGCUUGUUUCACCACUUCACAGAUGCUCAGGAAAUAGAUAUUUUUGGGCUACACUAGCUGAUAUCUCCCUCUCCCCACCAUGUAGUUAUUUGCUACUAAUUUUAUCCUAUUGCAAUCCAAUUCUACCACUGUCAUUCAUCAUUAGCAAAAAACCAACUCCUUACAGCAAAACAUGAACAGAGAAAGGAAUUUAUAGCUUACUCAUAUUCUCAAGGUUAGGUGAAUGAUGAAUUACUAUCUUCAGAGCCCUGAGGAAGAGUCAGACGGACUUGAAACGUUAACCCUGUUUCUUUCUCCACACAUGCUGUCGGACCUGCUGAGUUUUUCCAGCGUUUUCUGCUUUUAGUUCAGAUUUCAGCAAAGCAGAGGGUUAUGUGAUUCUGUGUUAGCACAGUAAAGCAUAACGUUAAUGCAGUACAUUUCUUCCCCCAGUGAAAGUGGUCACUAGGUGUGCACAAUAACACAAGAGGUGAGCUCACUCUCUGGUUUUUGCUGUCUCUCUCUCUCCCUGUCAGAAAUCAUCUCACCUCAUGCACUCAUUUCCUUGCAACAUAACACCAACAGUGAUCUCAUGGCAUGAUGCCUCAUUGACAUGAACCUGUCUCUGACCAACACCAGGAAACACUCACCACCACAAUUCCAUAUAUCUUUGUGUUGUGGUGAAUUAACAGUAAGGAUGUGAUGCUUCCUCCAUCUAAAAAGAAGAUUGUUCGUAAACAUACGUACUUUUGGCACAAAAUUCUAGUAGAAUAAUAGAAACAGAGAAUCAUUCUUUGUAAAUUGUAAAGUGCCUCAAUUCAGGUUGUAAAUUUUUCAGAAAUUAUAACCAUGCUGUCUAAAACAGGAAUUAAGUUGAAAAUUUAAGUUGAAAAUUGGUGGGUCAAGUCAGCAGCCUUGUUCUCUCUCUCAGGUGAAGAGUACACCAUGAGGUUGAUCCACAAAUGCUGGUUCUCCACCUGUGCUCAAAGUAAAAAUUAUCCACUGCAUCUAUAUGCAUUCUCCAGUUUCCCACAUAAGCCGGCUGUACAACCUCAGAAAUGGGGCCUCAACUAUUUCUGAACUAUAUUAAUGAUUUGAAAGGACUGACUGCCUUGUCACCAAAUUUACAGAUGAUACAAAGAUAGAAGAGCAAGUUGUGGAAAGGACAAAAAGAGUCUGCAAAGGAUAAAGACAGGUUAAGUGAUUGGGUGAAAAUUUGUCUGGUGGAGUAUAAUGUGGGAAAAUAUGAUGUUGUCCAUUUUAGCAGGAAGAACAGAGAAACACAUUAUUAUUGAAAUGGAGAAAGUUGAUAGAACUCUGCAGUGCAGAGGAAUCUGAGUGUCCUUGAACAUGAAUCACAAAAAAUAGCAUGCAGGUACAGCAAGUGGUUAGGAAGGCAAAAGGAAUGCUGGCCUUUAUUUCAAGGGUGAUCGAGUAUAAAAAUAGGGAAGUCUUGUUACAACUGGACAGGGCAGUGGUCAGACUACACCUAGAGUACUGUAUAUAGUUUUGGUCUUCUUACUUAAGGAGGGAUAAACUUGCACUGGAAGCAGUUCAAUGAAGGUUCACUUGACCCUUUCCUGGGAUGAAGGGUUUGUCUAAUGAGAAAGGGUUGAGUAGGAUGGGUUUAGAAGAAUGAGAGGUGAUCUUUUUGAAACAGAUUCUGAGGGGGUUUGACAGGGCAGGUGCUGGGUGGAUGUUUCCCCUUGUGGGGAACAUAGAACCCAGGGGCACAGUUUCAAAAUGAGCGGUCUCCCAUUUAAGAGGGAGAUGAGGAGAAAUUUCUUCUCUCAGAGGGUCAUUAAUCUUUGGAAUUCACUACCCCUGCAAGCAGUGAUGUUUGAUCAGUGAAUACAUUCAAGAGUGAAUUAGAAUUUUUAUCUACAAAUGAGUCAAAGAUUAUUGGAGGAGGCAGGAAAGUGGAGUUAAAACCACAAUCAGAUCAGCAAUGAACUGUUCAAAUGGCAAAGUAGGUUUGAGAAACCGAAUGGUCCAGUCCUGCUCCUAUUUUCUAUGUUCUUACGAGAUUGCCAGUUUGUCCUGAAUUGAUGAUCAGGUUUGAGCUAUAGACUUGGAUCUAUGAAAAAUUGAGUUGGAGUUAGAAAAACCCCAUUUUACACAAAAACUGUUGAGCAAUCAGAGUGACAACCUUUUGUCCAAUCAGUAUAUGGAUUAGAUUUAAACCCAGGUUCCCAUGGGAAGUUCACUAAGACCUAGUUAUCACUUUAUAGGGGACUGUGGGAAAGUGUUUUGUUGAACCAAAGUAAUCCAGAAGGUGUGUAGCUCUAUUAUGUAUAGAUUAUAUUAUGUAUAAAUUGUUUGAUUAGUUCUUCAUAUUCUUUCUUAGAUUUUUAUAGAUACUCGAGUAGGGAUAAUUUACAACCCUUCAACCUUUCACAUAUUUCUGUAAAACAUUGGUUCAGUGAAAGAACCCUAUUUCUUUUGGAAAGGUUUUACAGAAAAUCCUUUCACUAUUUGAUAAUCUGCAGGUCGGGAGCUGAAUAACGACCAUUAUCUGUUUGUCCUUUCUGUAAAAAGUUGCUAACACUAACUUGUUAAAGUCCAUUGACCUUUGCAGUGAAUGUUUUUAUACC